AUGUUCGCCUGCGCCAAGCUCGCCUGCACCCCGGCUCUGAUCCGAACUGGAUCCAGGGUUGCAUACAGACCAAUUGCUGCAUCAGUGUUAUCGCGACCAGAAGCUAGGCCUGGAGAGGGUUCAGCAGUGUUUAGUGGAGCCCAGAAUGGUGUGUCUCCACUAAUCCAGAGGGAGUUUCAAACCAGUGCAAUCAGCAGAGACAUUGAUACUGCUGCCAAAUUUAUUGGUGCAGGAGCUGCAACAGUAGGAGUGGCUGGUUCUGGUGCUGGUAUUGGUACAGUCUUUGGCAGCCUCAUCAUUGGCUAUGCCAGAAACCCUUCACUGAAGCAGCAGCUGUUCUCAUAUGCUAUCCUGGGAUUUGCCUUGUCUGAAGCUAUGGGUCUUUUUUGUUUGAUGGUCGCUUUCUUGAUUUUGUUUGCCAUGUAA